AAGAUAGUAUUGUUUUAAAUGUUGUUGUAAGUCUACAUAUAUAAGUAUAUUUUUUUUGCAGAAACUCAGUAAUGCGGCUGUUUUUACACUGAUAUGGCUAUCGGUGGUGACUUUCUCCUUGGCAGAUCCCAUCAAUUCUACUUCCCUGAAACACAUUGCUAAUGUUUCUUGUAAGUAACAACUUGACUUUAUACAAUUUACAAAAAAGACGAUUUCUUUUUAAGUACCUUAACUACAUUGUUGUUUAGUUUCAGAUGCCGCUGAUAAUAUCGACUUAAGUUCAGUAGCAAGUAUAUUCAGUCCUCGUAUGGACUUUGAUCAAUGGAAGCCGCUGACAGGUCGCGGGGACCCUUUAAGAAAAGAUCCUACAUACGAUUACGAACCACCGGUUUUAGAGCGAGUUCAUUAUUGGGCAGAUGACACCCGUCUAGAGCGAGAACAUUAUCCAGAAAGAAAAUCUGAAGUUCUUAUGCUUGGCGUGUCUUCCCGUAAGCCAAGCGUAAAUCCUCGACAGCCACCACUUCGAAGGUUGCCGCGUCCCACACUCAAUAAGUACGAAGACUUCUCAUAUAAGUUUAAUGAUCACUAUCCAAUGACCAUACUAGUCCCACCACCGCCACCCCCGCCGGGACAUCAACCAUCGCUGUACGUAUUUAAUGAAAAUAAAAUACCAAUGCCUAAACCUCAAACCGGGUUAACUGAAACUCCAGAAAUUACGAGAGAUACUACACCUGCAACGGAACAAUUGACUUCAUUAUAUGCAUUGCAAGAAUCAAAUUUAGUAUACCAAUCGUCGUCCACCAGUCAAAACUGGAUAUUCAAUUUAAAUCAAACAAAACCAAUUCCAAAUGCUGUGAGUACCGAUUAUGCUGGCUGGGGACCAACAACACCAUUGAACGACAAUGAUUCAGUCAAUGAUACUCAUAAUUUAAUUGCCAAUGAUCAUAUCGAGACAUCUAAACAUGUGUAUUCAUUUUAUAAACCGAUGUUAUCUGAAGCGCCUCCCCCUCCAUAUCAUACUACAAAUUCAAUAUUCUCACCAACUUUUGUUCCAACUGCUUUACCUCCUACAGAUAUACCACCAGUUCUAAGUGUUGCUCAAACAACAAAGCAAGAACCAGAUACAACAACAGAAUUUCUUUUAAGUAUAACAGAUUAUUUAGAGGAAACGACCACACCUACACCAUUUUCAAAGAAACAGCAUACUGCUCCUGAUUCACAGUCAAAUCUGAAAAUAGAGAAAACUAUGUUGGAUAUGCUCGGUCCGAUGAUGUCGAUGCCAAUGGUGAACGGUCCAGAGCGGCCUGAAGAUAAGCUGUAUGCUCAUGCAUCAGAAAAUGUUCAAGUGUACAAAGAACAGCCCACUGAAGAUACUAAAGUCUUAGAAACCAUGCAAACAAUGCAGCCACCACCGCCUAAUAAAUUAACAGAAACCGCUACUGAAUUCGAUAACUAUCGUAAGAAUCCAGUCAAUAAAUUUAUUCACAAGAAACCAUCCAAAUUCACACUCGAUCCCUAUUUACAUAUGCGUUUUACAACAUCAUCGCCAAUUAUAACAACCGACGGUAGUGACGAAUAUAAAUCAACGACAGAAGCUAUGGCUGUCCCUAUGUAUUUAAUUAUACAAGGUCAUUCCAAAGUUAAAACUUAUAGUUCCAAGCCUGAUUUAAAUAUUAAUCGUGAUACAAAAAGCAAUGAAAUUCCAAAAAUCAAUGAAACAACGGAGGUCAAACAUCUUCAUCCAGUAAAAGAAAAUAAAAGUGAAAAAUCUAACACUAUUCGAGAAAGUAGAUCGAAAAAUCUUAAAACAUUAGUGGAAGACAACUAUGGUUCUAUUGAAAUUCAAGAAGCCGAUAUGGGUAUACAGUAUGAUGUAAGUGAUGGUAGCAAUGUUCCACUGGAAAUGUACAGAAGAGGUAUUGUUGAAACAGAUGAAAACGACUAUUCUUCUUUGAAGAAAAAUCGUACUAAAAGACAAAUCGACUUCGAAGAUUUGUUGCCUUUUGACGAAGAUGCUAUUGAAGAGUAUGUCUUUAAUUUUUUGAAUGGAAAACGAAAUUCAACGGGUAUAACAGGUUUAAUUGCACAAGCAAUAACUGGGGAUGCAGCCUCUGAAGUUGAUGACCUGGAAGAUGAUGACGAUAGCAGUAUAUUUGAAGAAGAAAGGUGAACUCAAGUGAUUCCAUAUGACACAGUAGUAUAAUUUUUGUGCAGCGUGAUGCCAAAAAGGUUUUAGUGAAGAUAUUGUAGUUACCCACGUUUCAAUCAGGAAUUUCAACACCUAAUGAUAACAGAAUUAUGUACAAUAAGAGGCUGUAUUAAGAAUAAUGAAUAUUCCUAUCCUAAUCAUGAUUGACGGGUUUGUUUAAAAUUUAAUUUAGACCCGUAGUUGAUGCCAUGCUUACGAUGUAAAAAGUAUAAAUUUUAAAAAGACUUUUUCUUAGUACACGAAGUGGUAGUAUUAUUAGAAACUAUACAAGAAAUUAUCAGCAUAUAAUGUUGUAUGUUAGAUAAUCAUUUUAAUUUAAUUGAAAAUGUAAAGACUUAUUUAUUCUAGUGUAAGUAAAUAAAAUGUAACGACGAUAAGUUACGGUUUAGAAGUUAAAUUUGUUGUGAAGGGGUAGAAAUUUAAACAUUAUUAUUAUUAUUUGAAAUGAACAAUUUUUUCUAACAAUUUUCAUAAAUACGGACAACAUAUUUUUUCCCAAUACUGAAAGUCAACAGAUAUUGAGUUAAAGGAAAAUUUUCUAUUUUUCUAAUUAUGUAGUUGUACUUUGACGUAUGUCUACAAAAAAGUCGCAUACGAAGCAGCGGACGCGGCCCACUGACACACACACUUCUUACGCUCCUUUUCGUAGAAAUAGACGCAGGCACCUUGGAUAAAGUGAAAGCUGCUUAUAAGCCGAUAAAGUCACAUUUAUUGCGAUUCACCACUUUUAUGGAGUCGACAACAAUAAAGCUAAAAAUGUAAAGGAACAUUUCAUUCACGAGAUAGUGUCUUUUAUUUCUUGUUCAUAUAUAAUUUAUAUAGUAAAUUAAAAUAAAUAUUUGAAUAUAAAUAUAAUAUUUCAGUUGACACUUCGGUGUCGAGUUACACCAAUCCGCUUUACAAAAACACACUUUGUAUUCAGCAUCGGCGUGGCUGAAACAAAUUAUUAAUUUGGUAUAUAGAUGCACUGAUUAUUGUAUUCGCAAAUUUAAAGAAAAUGUCUCUCGUUAAGUCACAACGCAGCAUUGAUAAUGUUCCAUUUCAUUUAAUCUGAGGCCAUUACUAUGUAUGUAUUUGUAUGUAAACUAUAAAAUUAAAUACGAUACAUAUAUCCCUGAUGUA